AUGCAGACUCUUCAGGUUCGAGGUAAUGAUGUGGUCUCCGGCCACACACAGGGCUUCUACCACUUCAAGGUCCAGGAUGUAGGGGCAGUCAUGGUCAAUGUUGUUGCUGACGGCGCUGACUCUCGACUGUCAACGUGCACGCUGGCAAACUCGAGGCCAUGGACCACCCAGCGCUCCUCCUGUGGAAGUGGAAAGAAACACCGGCGGCUGGGCUUUCAAGGACGACGGCUCCCUCAAGAAUGUCUCUUCUUACGGCACCAACGAGUUUACUCUUGCCUCUUCCGAGACGGACCCUCUUCAUGGAGGCCAGGUUCUUUAUGUCUUCAGCGGAGGAUAUCAGUGCGAAGACCCCGUCAAGUUUUCCAUUGGUACUACUCUGUAAAGAGAAGUUGCCAUUGA